UAAAUACUGAUCUAAUGCAUGUACAUACUAAGUAACUAUACUAUAAUAACUAUAAAUGGUUUAGAUUACUCUGAUGCAAUGAAGUAAGUAGACAUCAUUUUAUGGAUUCUAUUAUUUAGUGGAAUUUAAUUCUGGACUGAUAACGUAAAAAAGAAAAGCCCUCUGAACAAUAUUCAAAAAUUGCUUCAAUUUAAACAAAAAUUUCAAUUUCAAUGUUUUUGGAGGUUUUUUUUGUUGUUUGUUUUUUAAGGAAAAUAUUUUUAGCUAAUAUCGAUUUGUUCUGGAGAUUAAUGUGUGGAAUAACUGAUACAGAAUGAAUUGAGUUGUAGAUUUGAAAAAUAAAAAUAUUUAUACAUUUCAGAAAACGCAGAUAAAUCUGUUCUCUCGUUUCUGUUGUCUGUUGUUGUAAUGAGUCUGAGCUUCUGUCUGCAGGGUUCAGCCUGGAUGUGUUGCUGCUUUGGGACUGUGUUCGUCCGUCCUCUCGGAGCGCUGUGUGUUUAACCCGGGACUGAUCCAUGUAUUCGCUGAUCGAUGGGAGGAGGUGUUCCCUGGCUGGGUCCCGUAUUAAUGAAGUUAAUGGUGCAGCUCCGGUGACAGCCGACUGCUGCAGACCAAUCAGAGCGCUCUGCGAUGGAAGGCUGCGAGUUUGAGGCGCUGCACGCCCGAUCCGUUUGAAGAACCAUGUCAGCUCCUCUUCUGACCUAAACCCGGGACACCUUUCGCUUUUCAUCUCCUUCCACCUCCCAGAGACACCUGUCAAAAAAACAUGCCCGGCGCGACUCCGUCCUGCGUGGAUGUUUGCCUCUCGAACGGCGCGUCGGAUUCAAGCGGGGAAUUGCUCCAGUUUUCUUUUGCUUUCUGACAGAAACUCAUGAAUUCCUCCUCAGAGCGGCAGCUUUAUGGACUCGCGCAUUAGCUAAAUGAUGUCUAUGGGUUUCAUGCCCGACAGUGUGAACGGCUCCGAUCCCUCCAAGUCGGCCUUCCUGGAGUUCGGCCACGGACACCCGGCGCACCAGCAACACUCCCCGGGACUCUCACACAUUUACCCCGUGCAUGGCCUCCACGCUGCGGGACAUUCUCAGCACGAAGGUCCCUUUCCUGGCAACGCGUCCUACGGCCCCCCGCUGGGAUACGCCUACCCGGGCACGGUGAACCCUCACCCGCCGUCCGCUUACUUGUCCUCCUACCAGCACAGCAGCCACAGCAGCGGCGGCCUGAGCCACAGCCGAUUAGAGAGGACAGAUCCCAACAAAUCCGGGAUGACUGAAAGCAGGGACGUCCGUCUGGUGAACGGCAAGGGGAAAAAGAUGCGGAAACCUCGGACCAUCUACUCCAGCCUGCAGCUGCAGGCUCUGCACCAGCGCUUCCAGCAGACCCAGUAUCUGGCUCUGCCCGAGCGCGCAGACCUGGCUGCCAAACUGGGCCUCACGCAGACUCAGGUGAAAAUAUGGUUUCAGAAUAAGCGCUCCAAGUACAAGAAGAUCAUGAAACAUGGCGGCGGCUCAGAGGGGGAGCACCUCCACAGCUCCAGCUCCAUCUCCCCCUGCUCCCCGGCCUUACCCCAGCUCUGGGAGGUCUCCAUGGCGACCAAAGGAGCCCCGAUGCACCCGAACAAUUACAUGAACAGCUUUGGCCACUGGUACCCGAACCACCACCACCAUCCUCACCAGGACGCCAUGCAGAGGCCGCAGCUGAUGUGAAGUGAACGGACCGCCUGCAGGAGACAUGAACUCAUUUGUCCUGAGGAUGAACUUUAGGGUUGCUCGUGCGCGUGCGUUUUGACUUCAGAGUUUUGCUGCGAAAUUCAAAUUCAUGCAGCAAAAAAAAAAACAAAAAAAAAAAACACAUAUAUAUAUAUAUGUUUUCAAGCGUCAUCCUGCACGGUCUCACGUCCUUAGAAUGUGGACUGUGUUUGAAGCUUAACUAGACACUGCAUAAAGGAACUGUCGUGAAAA